CAUCACCAUGUACUCUUGCUGUUUUUAGAUUAAUAAGUAGAAUAAUAACCGUGCGUGUCUUUGUUAUAAAGUAUAUGGCUAUUUGGUGUUAAACCGACGGGACUUAAGUGUUCUUGAUGGUUUCCGGUGACGAUUUCAAUGGUGGUCGUUUACCGCGAAAAACUACUAGGUCGCCGAACCGAAAAUCUAAGAAGACUGAUGCAGACAUAGCGAAGGGUUCAGCGUUGCGAAAUGACUCGCAACCUUCUGUUCAUAAAAGGAAUCUUUAUGUGGUUUCGUUCCCUAUCAUUAUCCUAUUUAAUUUACUAAGGUCCAUUUUGUAUCAGUUAUUUAUUAUUUUCAAAUAUUUGUACUCGGCGUCGCAUCGUUUCAUUCAUAGGCCUCGUAAAAACGGUGAAUGUAAUUUAGAAGUGGUUGUAAAAGACGGUAUAGUGUCGACUGAGAUCGCUCACAGUGAAGAGAUGUCGUAUAUAAACAAUGUGGGGCCAGGAGACCCCCUUCUGGCGAAACAAAAACAUCAUCAUAGGAAAGCUUUCGAGUAUAUAUCGAAAGCACUUAAAAUCGAUGAAGAGAAUGAAGGACAAAAAGAAUUAGCUAUAGAGCUGUACAAGAAGGGUAUAUAUGAGCUCGAGAGAGGCAUAGCAGUGGACUGCUGGGGGGGUCGAGGAGAUGCUUGGCAGCGGGCACAGCGCCUCCAUGAUAAAAUGAAAACCAAUCUAGGAAUGGCGAAGGACCGAUUACAUUUCCUAGCCAACCUAGUCGCUCUCAGUAAGUUGGGCGUAGAGAGUGAGCCCGACCGGAAUGACAAAAAACCUACGGAGUCACCUCUUAAGGGGCGAAGGCAAUUAGAGAAGUCCAAGACAACGCUACUAGCACAUACAGAAAGUAACAGUGGUCAAACGAAGCCACCAAACGAAGUCGCAGGCCGCAAGCUCACAACCGCCGGCCGGCGCUUGCCCAGCGGCGGUGGACCGCUGAUGAAGUCUCAAACACUUCCUCGGUCCAUGGGACGAUCCUCGUCGCAGCCGAACAGCUCCAAUGGAGGCUAUAGCAGAUACCCUGUGAAGCCGGCUUCAACACCACCGGCUGUGAAGCGACAGUUAUCCAGCGCAUAUCAGGUGCCAGUAAACGGUUCGCCAGUAAGACGAGCCGUAGGGGGAGGCUCUCAGCGCGGGACACCCACUCGGAGCAGAACCCCACAGCCGACGUUGGCGGUACGAGGUGUAGACCCGAAGUUAGUUCAACUAAUACUGGACGAGAUAGUUGAAGGUGGCCCGAAGGUUCAUUGGGAGGACAUCGCUGGUCAAGAGGCAGCAAAACAGGCCCUGCAAGAAAUGGUAGUGUUGCCAUCUCUGAGGCCCGAACUCUUCACGGGACUUAGAUCACCGGCUAAAGGGUUGCUACUAUUCGGUCCUCCUGGAAAUGGUAAAACUUUGCUAGCCCGAUGUGUGGCGGCGGAAUGUUCCGCGACGUUCUUCUCGAUAUCCGCGGCGACACUCACCAGCAAGUACGUGGGUGACGGGGAGAAGAUGGUUCGCGCACUGUUCCAAGUAGCCAGGGAACUACAGCCGGCGAUAAUCUUCGUGGACGAGGUGGACUCGCUGCUGUGCGAGCGCUCGUCGGGCGAGCACGAGGCGUCUCGUCGCCUGAAGACGGAGUUCCUGGUGGAGUUCGACGGGCUGCCGGCCGCCGGCGCCGACCGCCUCAUCGUGAUGGCCGCCACCAACCGGCCGCAGGAGCUCGACGAGGCCGCGCUCAGACGGUUCCCCAAGCGCGUGUACGUGUCGCUGCCGGACGCGCGCACGCGCGGCGCGCUGCUGCGCGGCGUGCUGGCGCGCGGCGCCGCCGCGUCCGAGCUCAGCGACGACGAGCUGGCGCGCCUCGCCGCGCUCACCGACGGCUACUCCGGCAGCGACCUCACCGCGCUGUGCCGCGACGCCGCGCUCGGGCCCAUCAGAGAACUGGACCCAGAGGAGGUGAAGUGUCUAGACCUGUCUCUGGUUCGGAGUAUCACGUUCCAAGACUUCAUGGACGCACUAAAGAGGAUCCGGCCGUCCGUGUCACCGCUCAGUAUCGUCGCCUAUGAGAAGUGGUCCGUGCAAUACGGCGAACAAGGAGUUUGAACUUUAUGUACAGGUACUGGAUUACAAUACGAGGUGAGUCAAUACUUUUAAGGCAAUAUUGUUAUUGCAAUGGACAUGCGCCGGAACGAUUGAAUUUUUAAUUGUAAUGAAUUUAUUCCAGAAUUUUAUAUAUCGCUCAAAUUUUAAGAAUCUCCAAACUUUUCCCUCGUAAAAUUCCAAUGAACUAACCGAAUAACACAUUUUAAAUUUAUCGAUAUAAUUUGUUUUGUUGUAAAGUAAUGUAGGAAUGAAAAUAAUUUUAAAUCCUCUAGUCAAACAACCAGGUUUUGACUGUAGUUGCCAAGCGUAUGGCCAUAUUAAGUCAUAGAAAAAGAAAUGAAAAAUUGAUCUCUAAGUCCUGCCUUAUUCAUGGCAAAUGUAAUCCGGAUCAAUGAAGAAGUAGCUUUCAAUGUUUCUAGAUGUAAAGAAGUCGCUUUCAAUAUCUACACUUCUUUAUUGAGUCGUGUUACAUUAAAAUGUAAACCCGUCCAGUCAAAAGGAAACCAUUCAAAAAUAAACCGUAUAUCAAAUAAAAUGCGACAUUUAUUCAGAUCUCGCUUAUCCUUUUGGCACUAUCGGACUGAUUUUAUUCAAACAGCAGGCUAUUCAUGUGCACGCAAUUUUAAACCCUCUGGUGUAUGCUUUUAGAAUAUAAAAUUGUAGAAUUUCAUUUUAAAUUUAUAUAUUGUUUUUGCAAGAAUCUGUGAAACAAUUAGCCUUACAUAGGCAUAAUAUGUGUGAAAACGGUAAAGGUGUGUUUACAUUAGUCGUAUGUCGCUAAUUAUACUUCGACUGUUUUUGUAAACUUGAAUAAAGAUAUUUUUUUAUGACAAUGUAAACGCACCUUUAUGUAAGAUUUUAAAGUAUUUAGCUAUACCAGUGAAUAAUCGAAGGGACUGUUGUACAAAAUGUGUUAACCGUUUAUACGUAGUACCUCAUCACUUUGUAUAUUUGGAUGUAAUGAUGUAUGAAUAUGUUGCAAUUGAACGUAGCUUAAAGAUUUUUUUAAUUUUAUUAGUAUUUAUUUAUUUUAAGCACACGUCUACAAUCCAAUGAUUAUAUAAUAACUAUACUACACAAAAAGCACUUCAGUAAACUUAAUAAAUAACGAUUUUUAUAUGGAAAUAUUAACGACUUUAGAUAUUCUUAUAAAAAUAACAUUAACUAUAUACAGUAUUGAUUUUUAUUAACUGAAAUGGUAACUUUAACCUCAAGUGAUAAAAACUUUUCUAUCCUAUGUAUGAAACACUGAAAAAAGUUAUAAAAAUGUCGCUGAUUAUGCUGAACAAAGUCUAAACUAAACUAAUUUCAUAAGGAGAGUGACUUGCUAUCCUUUUCUAACCAGAGAGAAAUAAUAUUUUAUAAGCAAUAUUUUUUUCAGUCCUCUCAAAUUAUGCUGGUUUAAGGAAUGUUUACAAUUUAAUUAGAUUUCGAAACUAAAUGUUCUCAAUUUUGCCUAUAUCGCGGAAAAUAAAAUUGUUCAGUUUUUUGUUUUGCCAGCAAGGCACAGAUUAUUUCGUCAAUGUUAAAAUAUAACUGUCAAAAGAAUGGCGAUCUGUCAAUGUCAAAUUAUUAAUUGUUUUUUAUAUGAAUAUUGGAUUGUCGACUGUUAUUUUGUUGGAUGUAGUUAAGUGAAUUCUGCAUAGUGCAGACGAUAUCAUGAUCUAAUAGGAAAUUUAUUUAUGAAAAGUCGCGUCUUUAUAAACAAGCGAAAAAAUCUAGAUGUUUACAAAGAAUACGAUAGAUCGAUCAUUUUUGUAUUUAUCAUAUUCUUAGCUCUUUGAAUACAAUAGCGCGACUUUGAUUCAAUCAAAAAAAAAAAGAAAAAUACAAAAUUUGUUGUUGUUAUUGUACUUAUUCUAAUUCUGUUGAUUAUUAAUUAUUAUUAUUAUUUUUUAAUUUAAAUAGAAUUCUUGCCCUAAUUAUGUUAACGUUUUAAAAUUAUGCUGCAAAUCUUAUGAAUAGAUGAGUCAUUUAAUACGAAAGACAUGAAUAACGGGUAAAUAAACGGUAUAUAGCUAGCUUCCAUUUAACCGAAAACGAUAAUAAUUUGCUCAAAAGUGGUGACAUUUAAAUGUGAAAAAAUUGAGCGAAAUUGUGAAGAAAAUCAUAUAUUUUCAUAGUUUAUUAUAAAAAUCGACUAUAUCUUCGUAUUUUAAUGUAUUUAUUGGGCUAUUAUCGAAUACAGGACCAUGCAAUUAUUAUAUCUCGAUAUAGUGUACCAUUUAACGAGCAGUACGGUUACUAUUCCUCUCCCCAUAGAUUAAAGAUGAUCGAUGAUACAUGUUUGUUCUGCUACGGUUCUUUUCUUUAAUCUAUGGUACAGUUUGAGGCCUUGGAGAGGGAUAAUAGAACAUUUGUUUUUGUAACAUUAAAGAUUAGUUACAUCACUAUAUCCUUUAACAAUUGUUUCCGUUGUAAUAAAGCUUAAUAAUCGCUAGUAAAUAAAGUAAAACGAAUGACUAAUUUCAUCUCCCCAAGGGCUCACUCUCAACGUAGGACUAAAUAGUAAAUGGCCGCUGCCCGCUUAUAAAGUGACCUUCUAUUUCUACUGUAUGACGAGACAGGUCAUAAAAAUGUACUUGGUAAAUUAAUCAUAUUUAUCUAUCUCUUUAAUUAUGUUGUAUAUACGUAGUCAUAUAAAAUAGUUUCAUAGCUAAUACUAUUUAGUCUUACGUAGACUGUUCCGCACGCUAGCCAAUAUUAGUCUUCUAUUCUCAAUCGAAAUUAUUUAUUAUCUGUAGCCGUGUUACCUUGAAAAACAGCGACGUAGAUAUUAGCGCAGUUCUAAGUAGACGUAAUAUAUUUUUACUAUAGCUUUCUCAGUCGACCGGUGCUACACAUUCGCACAAUCAUUUGUUAAUAAAACGAAUAUCACGUACGUUGAAAAAUUUAUGACAUGUGACCGCUGAUCUUUUUUGGACUUCGUCGAAUGUGUGGCACCGGCAUUAUUUCUAGUAAAAUACGCCUAUCGUAUCUGUUUAACCAAUAGACAUGUGCAGGCAAAUGUUAGCUUUACAACAUUCAUUUAGAUUAAUUUUAAUUUUAACCGCAAAGGUGUAAAGGUAGCCACGUCUUGUGAUCAAUCAAUUAAAAAAUAGCAGCAUUUGUUGAUAUUUUAAGGUGUUUUUAUAAAUAGCAUCAUAUGAGACGCAUUUCUCGAUAAUUUCUUAAACAUAGGAUUCGAUCUAACCUUAAAUGACUGAAAUAGAAGCAAAAAUAUAAUUUGACUUGUGUUCUUAGCAGUUCCGACAGGUAGAAUUAAAGUCCAAAUAUUAUAUACGUAAUUAAAUCUUCACAGAACAAACUUAGGGACAACCUGAACAAUUUGAUCAUUGCAUAUUAAUUUCACGUUCAAAAAUAGAUAAAAAAAUAAAUAUUAUUCAAACUAGUUUUAAUAUAACGGUUCAUAGUUUUAUUCCUUGAAUCAGUCUACAUUAUUUUUCUACAAACACAGUGUUGCCAAUAUAAAAUUUCUAAAGUAACAGUAUUUGUUAAUUGUGAUCAAAAUCUUCUAAAUAAUAAUUAGGUUGUGCCUCGAUCUAAUAGAUACCGCUUUCUUACGAGUUAGUUCACAUUUGGAUCGGACUGACAAUUUUAGUCUCUGGCUGACUAUAGAACUUUGCAUUUAUAAAGAUCAUAUUUACUAUUUGUGACUCAUUAAAAAAUAAUUAAUUAAUAUCCGAUUCCGUGGUUAAAUUAUAGUUAGAACGUUCGGGAAAUGUGUCAUGUCCGGUCAUUUUAUCGCCAAUAUGAAUUUGAAAUAAAACUCUAAUAUUAAACGACAAUAAUUAUUGUCAGGGCGAUAAAUAUAUCGGUCCUAUCUAAUGUGAACUAGUUCUUACAUGUUUUGAAUUUUUUAAAUAUUUGCAAAAAUUUGUAUGGUUGUUAAUGGUUUUUGAAUGAAUUUUCACUUUUAAUAAAUUAUAUGUAAAUUAUUUUUACGAAAUAGAUUUUUUUUCUUAUCGCUAUUAUUCACA